GCUGAGGUGGCUUGGCCUCUGCAUUGUCGUCGUCUUGUUCCUCCACUGUGCAUGUUGUUGUGGUGCUGGUACGGAGAUGGCGGCCAUCCUCUGCUUUGCCUUUCCUUCUCUCAUCCUGAGAAUGGAGCUCCUGCGUCGAACUGAACUCGCCUAAACUCUUUCUUCUUUCCUCUCUUUCAAGAUAAAGAUGAGCAAUCUGUACAAAACCUCUAGCAGGAAUCAGAAAAACCCAAUCCAAGCCAAGCUAACAAUAAGCAAAUAGACAAAUUAUGGAUAACAAGAAAUGGCUGUGGAAGAGGAAAUCUUUAGAAAAUAACAUUGAGAAAGAGAGGACUCUAGAGUUAGAGAGAUCCCUCGAAGAGUUAAAGGAUCAACUUUCAUUAGUUCGCAUCGAGUCCAAUACUAAAGAUGAUCUCUUGGCAAAACAAGCAAAAGUGUCGGAGGAAGCAAUUGCAGGAUGGCGAAAAGCCGAAGCCGAAGCCCUUUCUUUAAAGCAACAACUGGAUGAUGCUUUACUUCAGAAGAGAACUGCUGAACAAAGAGUAGCCGAUAGAGAUGUGGCAUUAAAAGAGUGCAUGCAACAGCUUCAUGUGACCAAGGAAGAUCAGCAGUUCAUUGUCAACAAUGCCUCCUUGAAGAUAUCGAGAGAGCAGGAGAAGAUUCGCACAUUAGAACAGAGGUUAGCAGAUACAAAUCAGAAGCUCACCGAGUCAGCGGUUGAAAUUAGCAACUUGAAUAGAAUUCUAGUGGUCAAAGAACAAUUGCUCAAAGAAUUGUGUGAGUCUAAAUCGAAUGUAGAAGCAAAGCUCACGGAAGAGAUGAGUAGACUUGAUUCAUCUGAGAAACUCAUUGCUUCGCUAAAGUAUGAGCUAUGCAUGCUUCAGAAGGAGAUUGAGAUCAGAAACGAGGAGCGGGAAUACAGCCAUCGAUCAGCAAAUGCUGCUCAUAGACAACACCUUGGGAGCAUUAAGAAGAUUGCUAAGCUAGAAACAGAGUGCCAACGAUUGCGUAUCAUGGUCAGGAAGAGGCUGCCGGGACCAACAGCUUUAGCGAAAAUGCGAAGCGAGGUUGAGUCCAUUGAAACAAGGAAGAGAGCUUCGAGCUCCAUGGGUGAAGAUUUCCACUUAAAGGAUACGGUUCUAGAGGACUGCUAUGAUCUAUCAAGCAAGGGUGCUGUUGCUCUCGUCGAUCGACUACGCACCACUGAAGACGAAAACAAGAUUCUCAAAGAGUCACUGACCAACAAAAACAAUGAACUUCAGGGAUCACGAAUCAUGUUUGCACACACCGCAUCGAAGCUGUCGCAGGUUGAGAAACAGCUCGAAGAACUAUCCAAAAGGCAAGUCUGCUCGGAGCUAGCAACGGGAAACAGCCCUGUGCCAUCUGAUCUUCCACUUUCAUCCAUUUCCGAGCAUGGUGCCACUGAUGAUGCUGUUAGCUGUGCCGAAUCGUGGGCUUCGGCUUUGAUUUCUGAACUAGAACACUUCAAAAGUGGAAAAAGGACCUUGUCAUCAUGCAGAAGUGCUGGAGUAUCAGAGUUUAGUUUGAUGGAUGAUUCAGUUGAAAUGGAGAAACCUGCAACAGUUUCUGGAGACAAUAAUUCCUGUGUGACUACUAGAGACUCUUGUGCAGGGCUUGAUUUAUCAGAAGCAACAGGUAAGGAGGAGAGUCGAAUCAGGUUCUCAACGUUUGAUAACCAACCCAAUUGGCUUCAAGACAUUCUUAGGGUCAUCCUGCAAAAGCAGCAUAUCAUGCAAAAAAGUUUCAGUGCCAUUCUCGACGAUGUUAAGGCUGCUCUCGGUGACCUGAAUUACAAUACCGAGGGAAGUCGUCUCGACAACAGAAGCAGUUCCCAACAAUCUCCUUCAAACUUUGAAGAAUCGGUUCACAAACUUGUGGAAUUGGUUGAGGGAAUCAGAAAUGGUCUGAAUGUGCCACCCGGAGAUGGAGAAACCAAUAGUAAAGACCAAAAAUCUCCGUCGGUAAACCGAUACUUUGCGCGCGCAUACUUCUGGGAACGUGCUGAGCUUGCUGCUGUUCUACAGAACUUUGUUUCGAUGUGCAAUGAGUUGUUAUACAGAAAGGUUGAUCUGCAAGAAUUUACUGCUGGAGUAGCUUCAACUCUGGACUGGGUUAUAAACCAUUCCUUUUUGCUUCAAGAUGCUAUCGACAAGAAGGCGACAAUGAGGAAACAUACAGAGGUAGAUGAAUCAAACAGUGAGAAUGAGAUCAAAGCUAUGAUUUCUGCGUCGAAAAGUGUGUAUCUCUCGUCGAGAAUGGAUGAUGUAGAGACCAAACUGAAAGAUGAAAAUGAGCAACUAAAACAUGAGGUCAUGAGUAUGGAGACCAAAAGGAAAGACUUGGAAGAGGUGCUGAAAGCAUCAGAUGCCAAGAAUGAAAAAUUGAUGGCUCGACUUCGAGAGUUGGAAGGUAACUUCUCCAAUUUGCAGCUUAAAGAGCCGAAGGGGCACAUUGAAGACCAGAUUAUAAACCGAAAACUGAUCAAAGAGAAAAACAAUUGCUGCGAGGAAUUAGAGGCAACAUGUCUCGACUUGCAGCUACAAAUAGAAAGUGAAUUGUCCAAGGAAACUCCAAAGUAUGUUCUGCAGCAAGAAGAAAAGCUGAUCGAGGCAGAUUGUGAUAUAGCUGCAGCUUCGAUGAAGCUCGCAGCUUGUCAGGAAACGAUCGUAAACUUGGGAAAGCAGCUGAAAGCGUUGGCAUCGCCACAAGAUGCACCUCUAUUCGACAAAGUCAUAUCGAGCCCUGGCACUGCGAAAUCGAAACGCCGGCUUCAGUUAGUCGAUCAUAUGAGAGAAGAGGAUCAGACGAAGCCCCAAUCUCCAAACACAAAGGAAGUCAUAUGCACUGAAGCACCAACGCCACCAACAGCUGCACAAAAGGAGGGUUCAAUAAGAAGUGUCAUGAAUCUGCAGCCGGAGAAGUCUCCUGUUAGCAAUCUGAAGUGUAAGACUGAUGCAGGAAUGCUUAUGGUCGCCCCGAAGAAGCAAAAAAGAAGCUGGGGAGGGUUUCUGAGGAAGCUGUUGUUGUUUCAUUCGAAUUGACCUUCUUAACGAGAUCUGAACUUGUUUCUUCUUUGGUUGCAAGCUAAGUGCAGCUCAGCUCAUGUAAAAUAGCAAUAAGAUGGCUUAACUUGCUGGUAGAACGUUUGAUCUGGUGUAAGCUUCCUUCCAUUUGAGAGCUCGUUAUGUAAUCUAAUAUUUCUAUUUAAACGUGGAAAGGAAGGGAAAAUAAACAAUUUCCGAGAA